AUGGCUUUUCGUCGUCGUCGGACUCAGUCGCUGGACGACAAUCCCGCCAAUUUCCCACCCGGCACGGUGAAGCUGCUCUCCCGUAUGCCUCGUUCAAGAAAUGGAGAUGACAUGUUUAACCCAAAGUUAACAUGUUCAGGUCGAGGAAAGGGCAAUGAUGAGGAAAUCACGCGAAUCCCGAAGCCGACAAACGACCCCAACGAUCCGCUGGCAUGGCCCAUGUGGCGGAAGUGCUUCAACUUUGCACUUCUUUCCGCCAUGACUGCAGCCAUCUUUACCGGAAUGGGAAUACAGUCCAUCUUCUGGGGUCGAAUGCGCAAGGAGAUGAAUAUCACGACGGCACAAUUGUUGACAGCCAAGGCCCUUCAGCUCAGCGGCGAGGCUUUGACCUGCAUGCUAUUCAUACCCUUUGCCAGGAAGUAUGGCCGGCGCCUGCUGUACAUUCUCUCAACCGCCGUCUUCACGGCUGCCGUCUGGUGGUCCGCGUACAUGAAGACGGCUCCCGAGUUGUACCUGAGCAAUCUCCUGAAAGGACUCGCAGGCGCCAUCAACGAGACCGCUGUUCAGAUGAGCUGCAUCUUCGAUGUGCAGAUUCGAGACAUGUUCUUCAUCCACCAACGGGGCACCGCCAACGGCAUCUACUUCUUCGCCCUCAAGUUCGGCUUUUCUCUCAGCCCAAUGGCGGCUGGUGCCCAAGCUACAGCGUUUGGUUGGCGAUCGUGCUACCAGACGCUCGGUGCCUUCAUGACCGUUCUCACCCUCCUCUUCGCCCUCGCCUACGAGGAGACAAAAUACGUACGGCCAAUGGAAUACAAUGGAAAGGACAGCGUAGAAAGCCUUGAGCUCGGCUCAGUUGACAGCUACAUGGAUGAAAAACCCCUCCCCGCCCCUGUUCGAGCGCCAUUCCCGCAUUUCCUACGACUACAGCUCCUCACACCGACAAGCGAGUCGCUCUGGAAGACCUUUUAUCAGCCUUGGUUUAGCAUGGCAAUACCUCAAGUCCUCUUCACCGCUCUCCUCUUUGGCUUCGAUCUGGCUACGACGACCAUCAUGGGAUCCAUGAAGUCUCUCAUUUUCGUCGAACCACCCUACAAUUUCAAUCCUAAGCAGCUUGGCCUCAUGCAUCUGGGCCCCUUCAUCGGCUCUGUGCUCGGAAGUCUCUACGGUGGUUACCUCGUUGACAAGGUAAUAGUCUGGCUUACGAGGCGGAACAAUGAUAUUUUCGAGCCCGAGAUGCGAUUGCAUUUUCUGCCUCUGCCCGCACUUAUUAUGGCAGCGGGUGUUGCCAUGUUUGGUAUCACAGCAGAACUCGGUAUGCAUUGGUUCUACCCCGUGUUGGGAACGAGCAUGAACUCCUUCGGGUUCGGUGCCAUUGCCGAUAUUGUCUUCACCCUGAUCAUCGACUCCUAUCCAGAUAUCGUCUCUCAAUCUUUCGUCGUCAUCGCCUUCUUCAGGAACGCCAUCAGCGUCAUUGGUGCAUUCGCUCUCACACCAUGGCGGGAGGCAAUGAGCGUAUCCAAUAUGUUUAUCCUCAUUGCCUCGUUAUCCUUGGCCAUAAAUUUCGUAUCAAUUCCCAUGGCCAUCUGGGGCAAGAGAAUAAGGGCCUCUUCCGCUCCUCGCUACUACAAUCUGGCCAAAUCAGGGUAUUGA